ACUGUGUGGUGUUAACUGCGCAUGUCAGACAUUACUCAACAUAACAUGGCGGCGCCCUACGUGACAGCAGUCAGGACAUUACUGAAAGGAGUUUGCUAUGUUCCCGAACGAUGGCUCCUUACGCAGAGGAGCCGAGCCCCGGCAGUAAGUCAGUGUUCGCAGCUACAUGUCUCCCCUGCUGCCUCCCUGUGCAGCUCCAAGACCGGGGCUCACAGCAAAGCCGACCCACGCACAGACGACAGGAAAGCCGGGGAGCAAGAGGAGGAGGAGGAGGGUCCUGAAUACAUGCCCAGGAGAAAGGCAAAGAAUCCCAUGAUGCCUAUUGGCUAUGCAUGGAUGAUAGGCCUCCCCGUAGGUAUCAUCGGCUUCCUGCUGACCAAGAGAGAAGUUGACAAGAACCGACUGAAGCAGCUGAAGGUCCGACAGAGGAUGAGGAUGUCAAACGAAGGAGAAUAUGAGGGGAGUCGCUACCGCCAGCAUAAAGAGGAUCUCAAACUUGAGCGAUGAUGUAUAUGUAUGGCUGCAAUGUUAUGCACAUAUCCUAAAUGUCACCACUGAGACGUUCACUUCACUGCAGCAAAAAGACUGAUUACAGAAGAAAACUUCAUGAGUUUAAAAACCUCUGAGUAUUUCUUUCUGAAGCAAAAACAUGAAAUUAUGCUUGUGACAGCCAUUUUGUUUGUCUUUGGGCAGAUUUGAUUUUUCCUGCUUAUGUACAGAGAUGCUUAUAGAUCACUUUGUUGAAUCUGGAGAAAGAACAUUUAUUUGAUUGAUGCUGAUGUUUGUUAAAUAUGAUAAAGCAAAUAAAUUUAUAUUUAUACAGAAUUUGUGAAACCUGGAAAAAUGCACAUGAACACCGUAAUCAAAUACACAUAUUUAUUUGAUAUGAAAAAGGCAAACAUCAUUAACAUGUAUAUUUACAAACCCGUACCCCACACUGACACUCUGCUUCACAUUCAACAUGUCCACCGUAGCUGUUUUGAGGCAAGGGUUAUAUGUAACAUGGGUCUAUAACAUAGCGUCUAUACUUGUGGAGAAGACUAGCUGGCUGCGAUUGGUCAUUUAGGAGCAUUUGAACAAUGAUCUAUUAAUUUAACAACAUGGCAUUGACUGUGUUAUCCUGUAAGAAAAAA